GUGGUUCCGCUCGUUCCCUCGAGGGCGCGCGUCUUGAAGGAUCUCAGCACCAGCUCAACCAUGUGGACCCCGGAUGAGAUUGCGCGCCUGUGUUACGAGCACUAUGGGAGCAGGCUGCCCAAGCAGGGGAAGCCUGAGCCCAACCGGGAAUGGACGUUACUAGCAGCCGUGGUGAAAAUACAGCCUAUAGCUGGCCAAGCCUGUGACUGCCCUGACAAACAGGUGCAAGUGACAAAGGAAGUUGUCUCAAUGGGAACAGGAACAAAAUGCAUAGGCCAGUCCAAAAUGAGGAAGAGCGGAGAUAUCCUCAAUGAUAGCCAUGCUGAGGUCAUAGCCAGAAGGAGUUUCCAAAGGUACCUUCUCCAUCAGCUUCACUUGGCAGCCACCUUGAAGGAGGAUAGCAUCUUUAUCCCAGGAACUCAGAGAGGACUGUGGAAACUCAGACCAGACCUUUCGUUUUUAUUUUUCUCCAGCCAUACGCCCUGUGGGGAUGCCUCUAUCAUCCCAAUGCUCGAGUUUGAAGAUCAGCCUUGCUAUCCUGUCAAUAGAGAUUGGGCCCAUAACCCAUCAAUGGAAGCCAGUGGUAACCUGGAAGCUACUGAAGAUGAAAGGAAAUGUGAAGACUCAGACAGUCCCGUGACCAAAAAAAUGAGGCUUGAGCCCGGAACUCCUGACAGAAAAGUCACCAACGGUGUGGCUCACCAUCAGAGUUUUGGCAAUCAGGGAAGUGGCCCAGUCCCCCCAAGUGUCAGCUGCUCUAAUGUCUCCUCAGAGGAACUGGCCACUGUCACUGGGAUGGCCCCCAGUGGUGCCAAAGUGGUGGAUGUUUAUAGGACAGGAGCCAAGUGUGUGUCUGGCGAAGUUGGAGACUCGGGGAAGCCUGGUGUUGCGUAUCACCGGGUAGGGCUGCUCCGAGUGAAGCCAGGCCGGGGAGACAGGACUUGCUCCAUGUCCUGCAGCGACAAGUUGGCACGGUGGAAUGUCCUCGGAUGCCAGGGGUCACUGUUGAUGCACUUCAUAGAAGAGCCUGUCUACCUGUCAGCUGUGGUCAUCGGGAAGUGCCCAUACAGCCAGGAAGCCAUGCAGAGAGCACUAAUUAGGAGGUGUCAGAAUGUCUCCUCUUUACCCAAAGGCUUUGGAGUUCAAGAAGUAAAAAUACAGCAGUCGGAUUUACUGUUUGAGCAGAGCCGCUGUGCAGUGCAGGCAAAAAGGGCUGACCGUCCAGGGCGACUUGUUCCUUGUGGAGCAGCCAUCAGCUGGAGUGCAGUUCCUGAGCAGCCAUUGGAUGUCACUGCCAAUGGCUUUCCACAGGGAACAACAAAGAAAGGAAUCAGAAGCCUUCAGGCCAGAUCUCGAAUCAGCAAAGUGGAACUCUUUAGAUCAUUCCAGGAGCUGCUAAGCAGUAUUUCAGAGGACAAGUGGCCAGACUCCCUCAGGGUGCAGAAGCUAGAAACAUACCAGGAGUACAAGGAGGCUGCAUCUGCUUACCAGGAAGCCUGGAGCGCACUCCGGAAGCAGGCAUUUGGGUCCUGGAUCAGAAACCCCCCGGAUUACCACCAGUUUAAAGGAGAAGAGAAAGUCUGCAACGAGCUUACUGGUAGCAGGGUAUUUUCCAGCCCUUCAUGCUGGACCAUAUUUUUCCCUUUGUACCUGGAUAAGCCUUAGCUUUUCUUGAGGCUGAAUGAAGACAAAAGUCUGCCUUCUACCAGAGCCACAUAUCUCUUCUGUGCAAGAGGGAUGGAACAAUCUAUACUUGACUGAAGCAGCUGUCUGCUAAAAUGGAAUCUCGCUAAUGACCUUCGUAUCUACCUGUCCUGACUUGUUUUUUAUUGCUUCUCUAAAAUAUGGACUAAGAAUUUGAAAUACUACGACACUUUAAAAGUGAUGCUCUGCUUUGUAUUCCUACAUUAAUUCAGCAGAUGUAUUGUGCUGAGAUGAUGUUUUAAUCUCUGCAAGUUCUAGAGCUGUGCCUCGCAUAGUGGACGUAUAUUUCGUAUACCCAGCCUUUCUUCCUUCGGAGAGCCACCCUUUCCUGCUCAGUGGGAAACUCUAUACAACCAUGAGACUUGGUUGAAGCAAACCUUGUUCCUGGCUCCAGGAAUGUGAGCUAGCCCUGGACAGUCCUGGAACUAUUGCCAGAGCUAUCAGGAAAGAUUCUCUCCCCUCUUGUAUCAGGAGCUGUAAGGGCCACAGAAUCUUGGAACUUGCCCUUCACAUAAAGACAGCCAGCUAGAGAAUUAAGGCAACAAAGAAUGAAACAGCCAAGAAAAUCAAAGCUCUGGUGACCUUGUUUGGAUGCCUGAAGCUAGUGCCCACGGUGGACUUCAAUUAUGUGAGAUAAAUUCCUAUUGUUUUGAGCAGGCCUAGCUGAUCCCAGAGAGACUGCUCCUCCCAGGACUAGCCUGUCCCUGCAGAUAGUAAGACUCAUCUGGAAUAAGCUACAUAAAAUAUUUUGUAUUUUUGCCAAUAAAUUUAGAAGUGGGAUUUGCUGAAUCAAAGGGUAAAUGAACAUAUAAUUUUGCUUUACUUAAAUAUAUCUUCAAAAUUUUGUUAAUAAGUAUGAGUGCAAAAAAUAAAGCAAAAUGCAAGACA